GGUGAUGUCUGUGAGUUGUCACUCUGUGAGCUCUGAUGCUGUUGGUGAUGUCUAAUAACACACACAGUUCUUGCAAACAACACAUCACUGUGGCUGUGCUCUUUGCACCCUCUGUGGGCCUAGCAGAGGAGGCUGGCCCUGUGGCGAUGGGAGAGAAGCAUCGCCCCACCCGAGUACUGUUGGAAUGUAAUUUCAGUGAUAAGCUGUGUGUUGUCCAAGAGCAACAGUAUGAAGUAAUCAUUGUUCCAGCUCUCCUGGUUGGUGGCUUCCUUAUCCUUCUUGCAAUCAUCCUGUGGCUUUUUAUUAGAGGACAGAGAUCCCAAAGGCAGUGCCCUGGACCCCGGGGUACUGCCUCUGUACCUGAAUCUAGAGACCUAAGCCUGGAGCCAGCAGGACAAGGAGAAAAGGUGCUUGUACCACUUAAGGAGACCUCUGUGGAGAGCUUUCUACGAGCAACCUUGCCUCCCCUGGCUAAGCUGCAGGUGCCCAGGGAACAACUCUCAGAUGUUCUGGAGAAGAUCCACAAUGGCAGUUUAGGGACCCUUUAUCAUGCCAUGAUGACUACCAGGGACAACUCUAAGCCAAAGAGUGUUGUCCUCAAGGCUUUAGAAGAACCUGCUGGACUCCAGGAGGUCCAGGAUUUCAUAGGGCGAAUCCAAUUCUAUCAGUUCCUGGGGAAACACAAGAACCUGGUACAGCUGGAAGGCUGCUGCACAGAAAAGCUGCCACUUUACAUGGUGUUGGAGGAUGUGGUCCCAGGAGACCUGCUCAGCUUUCUCUGGACCUGCCGCAGGGAUGUGAUGACUAUGGAUGGCCUGCUCUAUGAUCUCACAGAAAAACAAAUAUAUCACAUCGGAAAGCAGGUCCUUUUGGCCCUGGAAUUCCUGCAGGAUAAGCAUCUAUUUCAUGGGGAUGUGGCUGCCAGGAACAUCCUGAUCCAAAGUGACCUGACUGUCAAACUCUGCCGACUGGGCCUGGCUUAUGAAGUCCACACCCAAGGAGCCAUCUCCUCUGCUCACACCAGCACUAUCCCUCUUAAGUGGCUCGCUCCAGAACGGCUUCUCCUGAGACCUGCAAGCAUCAGAGGAGAUGUCUGGUCCUUUGGGAUCCUGCUUUAUGAGAUGGUGACUCUAGGGGCACCACCAUACCCUAAAGUCCCUCCCACCAGCAUUCUGCAGUAUCUUCAGAGAAGGAAAACCAUGAAGAGACCCAGCAGCUGCACACAUGCCAUGUACAACAUCAUGAAAUGCUGUUGGCAGUGGAGUGAGAGCAGCCGUCCCUUACCUGGAGAGCUGCGCUUGCGCCUAGAAGCUGCCUCUAGAUCUGCGAAUGACAAGGCUGUGUUGCAAGUGCCAGAGUUAGUGGUGCCUGAGCUAUAUGCAGAUGUGGCUGGCAUCAGUGCAGAGAGCCUUUCCUACAGCUACAGUGUCCUCUGAAGAUGCGCCCAGACAAGUGCUUGAAUUAAUUUCCUUCAAGAACAGAGGGAAGGAACCUAUUACGGGCCACAAAGAGAAAAAAGGAAAUGGAUCCCACAUCUUUCCCCUAUACAUUUUCCUGGAAAUAUGAAAUGCUGCUGGAUGGGGCUCUACCUCUAUACACCAUGUACUCAAGACUCACCAGUCCCGUCUGCUUCCCAGUCCCGAGGCCUGAGUACAAGUGGUGGACAGUCUCAUUCCAAAUGAGGUUUUAAAAAUCUUCAAUGAUUGUUGGGGGAUAGGGCAAAAGGGCUGGUCCCACCCACCCCAGGCUGGUUUUCAACUAAAAAGUUUUUUUUUUAAUCUAAACUAUUGCAGACUAUAAAUAUCUGAAUGGCAUGAAUGAAUAGGAACACAACUAGGAAUUCAUGAGAAAGAAAAUUCAAGGUUCUUUUUUUCUGAGAAGUGUAAGGGGAAUUAAGAUCUCCUUUAAGAAGAGAUCUUGUCUCUUCUACAUUGAGGGGACAUAAAAAUUGUUCAGUCCUGGUCCCUUCAUGAAGAGUUGGAGAAGAAGUAUGAAAAAUAAUACUGAAUUUUUCCUUGACUAUAGAUUGAACUUUUAUUGAACUCUUUUAUUGAACUCUGAGACAGGUGGUCCCUGUUUGAUACUACAGUCAAUUAGAUGGAGGAGUCAUUUCAUGAUUAAGAACAUUGUUCAUUACAUUUGCUUGCUAGUCCUGUUAGACUAAGGAGAAUAAGUUUAAAGAGCCAAAGUUAAAUCUAGUGAUGAAGUCUGUGUGUGUGUGUGUGUGUGUGUGUGUGUGUAGGAAGCAUGGAAACCAAGCAAGAAGAUUUACUAACCCAGGUGGUCAUUAAGAGGUGCCAAAGAAGUAAUCUGAUAGGGGUGGGUGGUAGCCUCUAAUUUUUAACCAUCCACUGAAACACUGUGAAAUAACCCAUUAAAUUAGUAUUUAUUGACUAGAAGUAGACUUUUCUGGUGUAUAGCUGUCACAAUAUCUACAAUAGGGAGUAGAAAAGAAAAUAAGUGGAAAUUAAUUUUAAUAGAAAAAUUAAAGAACAUACUUUGUCCAAAAACAGAUUCUUUAUGUGUAAAAUGAGAAGACUAUCUACCUUACAGAGUGGUGUGAGGGUCAAUGAGAAUAUGUAUUUGUAUAUUA